AUCGCAAUGAACACUUCAUAAACCCGGUUUUUAAAUUGUACGGGUGUAGUGACAUAAGCUUGUUUUAAAUGUGUUUAAAAAGAUUUCGUAUCAAUGUCAUGCUUAUUUACUAAAGCAAAUGUGUACAAAUACCAUACUUAAUGAAUCCAGCUAGUGAUGUAUUGAUGAAAUCUGCAAAGAGGCCGCCAAUAUGGAUUCGGAGUCCUCUUUUCUUCCCGGCGGACGUUUACUUUUGCUGGCUUUGUUGGUCGCAAAGGCAUUUGGUGAUGACGGCGACUACACCGACACAUACAUCGUGAAAAUGAAUGAUGCUUCCGUGCCUGACGUGAAACCAUGGCUAGAAAGCCACGACUUUAAAUUUCUCAGUAAAAUCUCAGAUAUGCAUAUUUAUACCAACACCAAGCCGCCACCGACUUAUUCAAUUUCACGUAUGUUGAAGAUUUGGCCAGGAAAAAUUAUUUCAAUGAGAAGAGUAAGGAAACAAUUUAUCACUUACGGCGAUGACAGGGUCGAGGAGACAGCUAGCAUGCCCUUGUGUUCACUUCUGUCCGACACAUCGCACGCUGUCGAGUCUGCGCAUGCGCUGGGCUUUACCGGAAAGGGCGUGCACAUGGCACUCAUAGAUAAGAAUCGAGAGCUCUCAAAGAACUCCGACAGCGAAAGUGCCGACAUGGGACUAGAAGACGACAAAGAAGACCCGGAAAAUAUCAGGAUCGCAAGUCAUGGCAAUAUUGACAGCAGCUUAACUGAAGAAGACGAUCGCCCGUUGUUGUGUGCCAAAGGGGUCGCUAAAGGGGCCGUUGUGACCCUGCUGACCAUCGGCUCGGUAAAUCGACGCGAUCACACGAUAGCCACUGACAUAACCAGGUACUCAAGGGCUCUGCAAUACCGCAGGGACCAGAUAGACGUGUACGCGAACAGCUGGGGCACGGACGAGCCGCUGUCGCCGUGUGAUGACAUCGUGAAAGACGUUCUCAAAACCGGCAUUGGACAGGGCCGCCGCGGAAAGGGAUCAAUCUUUGUGUUUUCAUCGGGACCAGUGGGCAACUGUUUCUCAAACAGCAUUUACACCAUAGCUGUCAAUGGACUGCUCGCAAACAACACGGUGCUCGCCAGUAGUAGACGAAGUUCUGCUGUCCUUGUCUCGGCGUUUGUCGGGGAAAAAAGUCGCAUCGACCAUGCGGAAUAUGAAUAUACGCAUUGCGUCGCCGAGUUUGAAACUUUAUCCUCACCGACGGCAAAAGUCGCUGGCAUCGUCGGAUUAAUCAUUCAGGUCAAUCCAAAGCUGUCCUGGCGCGAUGUACAGCAUCUCCUGGUAAACAGCGUACAAAAACCAUACCCAUGCUCGAUGGGCUGGACGAAAAAUGCAGCUGGACAUUUCUUUGACCAUUUUAUGGGGUUUGGGAUUGUGAAUGCAACACAGGCAGUGUUGUUGGCACAGCAUCAUAAAAGCGUACCAGCUCAAGUCAGUUUCCAGACUCAGUUCGAAAGAAUAAGCGGCAGUUUCAGUCGUGCCAAUGUGACGUGUACACACGGCUGCGUAACAUGGGUGGAGCACGUUGUAUUGACGAUUGAAUUCACACAUGCUCCGGUUGAGCCAUUCAGGCUGACGCUUGAAUCCCCAAAAGGUACUGUUUCGAUAUUGAUUGACUGUGACGACCUGCUGAACCACAGCGUUAACGAGCUCAAAGCGGAAAUAAUGUCAGUGCAUUUUUGGGAUGAGCCGAGCGAAGGAAUUUGGUUCCUCACGGCGUUCAAGCCUUGUGGUACGAAGAAAGCGUCAUCUGUGCAAUCAGAUAUUAUUUCCAAUGCCAUACUUGUGAUGUAUGGGUCUGGUCAUCCAAAUUCAUCAGCAAGAAACAACGUACUUGUGCCCAUCGGUGAUAGUGCGAUAAUUUUUGUUAUAUGUGUAUGCGUUAUAUUUGUUCCCAUACUUUCAUUUAUAAUGUAUAAAGUUGCUACCAAAAACUACCAGAAAUCUGAAAAACUCGACGUGUACUCUCACUACUAAUGUUCUUCAAAAACACAUCAAGGUCUCGUUAUAUUUAAAGUCUGCGAAAAAUGUACUAAGUUAUGUUCUUCGCACAUGUAUUUGUGUAAAAAAUAGUUUAAGUCUGUGAAAGAUAUAUGCAAUAUUGUUAUUUAAAUAACUAUUCGAAUUUACAUACAAUCUUCAAUAUAUAUGUUCUUAACACGUUGUCUGUUUACAGUUUUGGAUUAAUGUGUGUAUAAAUAAUCCUACAUACUGCUUUAAAAACAGCAGAUAAUUGUAUUACAUGACCUUCUUCUUUGGACAUUGGAGUUAGCCAUGAUCACAUAAACAUUUUAUGUAACCAUAACCAUACUUUAUGAUGUGAUUGUGUCCAAUAAAACCAUAACCAAUAUAGUUGAUCUGCUAUUUUACACCUAAGUUUAUUCGGGUUGAAUUUUUGUUUUUCAAAUAUUUACCUUUAAGGGUCAGUUAUUAGGACUGUAUUGUUCUUGAACACUUAUGGUUUCAGAACAUAUGAUGAUUUGUAUGUACAUUAUUGCUCUGGUGUACAUAUUUUGCAGAAAAGUAUACAUCCUUACUUUUUUAUUUGAAAAAUGUGUCUGCUUAUUCUAUUUUUGUACGUUUUCUCUGUAUGCUUUGUAAUGUUUAAGUUGCAUGCAUCUAUAAUUGUUUUAUUGAAACUGUUUUAUUAUUUUCUUAUUUCCCUGUAAAGGGUUAUUACUCGACUAUUAAAAGUAUGACACUGUUUGUGAACAUAUUUGUGAAGUGCACCAAUAAAUGUUAUUGAUAUUUAAACAACAUGCAAGUUGAUAAAAAUGAAUUUUUUAUAUAAGGGGAAGUGCUGUUGCUUUCUUUAUAUGUUUGUAUACAUUCUUUUGUGUUUUCUAAUAAGUGUGCGUAAAGGUUUUAUUUUUAAUAUAAUAAAUAUGUUUUGAUAAUGUUUAAGCUUUCCUAGCUUAAGAAUGUAUUCACGUGUGUUAAUAUUGAAGUAAUACUUAUAAAAGCAUGACGAAGGAACUGACUUAUAAUCUGUUUUCUUCAGUUAUUUAGGUUAUUGUGCUACAUAUUUUGUGAUCAGGUAAUGAAAAAUCAGUUGCUUAUUUGUGGCCCAUUUAAAUCAUUUGUUGAUAUAUUUUACAUGUGUGUUUGAGGAGGGAUUCUUUUGCAAUAUAAAUGUUUGUAUUUAUUCAAAGUAUCCGAACUUUGACUUAUGAUAUAAGAUUAAAACAAAUAUAUGUAA